ACCACACUCGCCCUUGCUCUCGCAAACCUUGACGACAUUGCUACUAGCAGCUAGCCCUCUGAUCAGUAGCCGUGUGUAGGCACUAGCUCGCGACAGAUUAUCGACAAUGCAGUACGGCGCGGCGGCGGAGCAGGCGUGGUACAUGCCGGCGGUGGUGGCGCCGGCGGCUGCCGCGGAGACGGCGGCGGAGCGCGUGGAGCGGCUGGCGUCGGAGAGCGCGGUGGUGGUUUUCAGCGUGAGCACCUGCUGCAUGUGCCACGCCGUGAAGCGGCUGUUCUGCGGCAUGGGCGUGCACCCGGCGGUGCACGAGCUGGACCUCGACCCGCGGGGCCGCGAGCUGGAGCGCGCCCUCGCCUGCCUCCUCGGCGCCGCCGCCGCACCCGGGGCCGCGGCGCCGCCGGUCGUGCCCGUCGUGUUCAUCGGCGGCAGGCUGGUCGGCGCCAUGGACCGCGUCAUGGCCGCGCACAUCAACGGCUCCCUCGUGCCGCUGCUCAAGGAGGCCGGUGCGCUCUGGCUCUGAGCGAGCUCUCCCGACGCUCGCGCCGUCGUCGCUGCUCGUCGGAGCUAACUGUCGUCGUAGGGCAGAUUAAAGUAAUACAUCACCAUCCACAGUCGUAGUGAGUCGAUCGAUCAUAGAGUGCGUGCUUGUGUGCUUGUGUGUUAGAGAGGGAGAGAGAGAGAGGUCGGUGAUUUUUUUACUGAUGCUGCCUCCGUCUUGUGUGUGGGAGUGUGGUAGAGUUGGCACGUGCUCGCAUGCUCACACGUACGAGUAUGAGUGUGCGCGAUGCUUGCUAGAUGCAAGAAGAGAUCUAGCUGCUGUUUAGUGUCAUCAAUCUCUUCGACCUUAUUAAUAUGCAGUUUGGCUUGCCUUA